CAGUAUAAAGUAGCUCUUGCUGUUGCCUGGACAGGGCAAAUGUCCAAGUUUCAAGAGCUCAAAAGGGAGCUUAGUAUCCUAGAGAAAACCUUUGGCUCGGACCACGAACAUCUCCGUGUAGAAGCCAAUGGUUUGGAUGAAGUGACAUACCGAUUUCUCGCACCCAAUGGCGAGCACGUAGUUCACUGCAAUAUCUAUGUAAGUCGUUCGUUUAUGUUUUGUACUUGCUAGUUGUUCUUUAAGGUAUUGAAUAGUGUCAUUGAGAUUUAUUAUAAUCGAAUUUAUCAUUUACCAAAAGGAAUCUUAUCCCAACCCGCCGCCGAUGUGGUUUGCGGAGAGUGAAGACGCGAAAAUCACUCAAAUUGUCGAGUCUUUGAGCUGUAUUGAGCCCUCUGCGCCGAAUUUAGUAAGCCUGCUUUGAUUUUACUGCUUCAAAUGAUCUUUUUUAUUUAAAUGUUUCGAAGCUUAGUUCUCAAUGACUUGGCUAUGUGACGUUUGCUUUCAUUUCCCAUCUGGUUUGCAGUUACUUCGCUCGACAAAGCACUUGGUCAAGGAGCUAUUCAAAUGGCAAAAUGUACCAAUACCACCGCAUAUUGAAAGUCUAGAUCUGGUUCAGCUUAUACAGGUAGGUUUUGUAUUUCCUUUCUUGUUAAUUGGUACUUGAUUUCCCGAGAAAGUGAAAAGGAAAAGUGCUGUUUAUAUUGACGCGACAGUGAUACAGCGUGCCAAAAAUAGCGUGAAAAACCGUGUGAAAACGAGGCAUUUUGUCCCGACGGCAGCACAAAAGAAAGGAUUAAAUUGUGUUUAACCGGAAGUGAGCCACAGAACGCAAAUAAGUGACUAUAUUUUUUCGAGGCAGAAGCAUCAAAAGAGGCUUUUAUGCACCGAGAUAUUUGCAAAUGCACUGAUCAAACUGAGAAAUUUAAAUGGCUAUUUACAAGCAUUGAAUGACUCGGCUUGACGUUCAUUAUGUGGUGCCAUACUAACAUGCAUAAUUUUGUGUGUUUGCAUACAUAAUAUUGGCUUGUAUUGUUGCACUAAAUAAAAGCUUGUUUAAUUUUGAACACCUUUCUACAACAUAUCCAUUCAUGCAUUUUUAAAAAUGUACACACAGUUGUAAUGUAGUUUUUCUGAAAUUUUGUUGAUUUGUAAUUGCUGGAAGGAUACUUGUGGCUUUUUCAAAAUGAUACAAUUGCAUCUAUUAGUUUUAUACAGAUAUCUAAACCAUUUCUAGCAUUCUAGUAUUUACAUUUAUUUGUGGCUGUACUCAGCAAAGGUUGCCCAUUGCGUCAAAAUCAAUAAAAUGAAUGAAAAUAAAUAGAUAACAAAUGAAUAAACAGCUAAAAUAAUCUGCUAAUUAAGAAAAUAAAACUGCAUUAGUUGCAGUUUCCUUCCUCCCACAAAAGAAAGGACUACAAAACAACAUGCUUCAGAGGAAGUAAUUUUUUAAAUACAAGGGACCCUCUGAGAUUUUUCCCAUUUAUCUUUUCUAGUGAUUGUUGCAUACCAUUUUGGAGUCCUGCAAACUUAAAUAAUGUCUGGUUGUAGCCUUGCAUACCUCAACUUAAAGGGAGUUGUCUAUCUCUUUUUUCUUUGCUUUUUUGCAUUGUUUCCUACAGUGUAGUUUAACCCAUUCCUCCCUUCUUUUUUUGCUUUUCUUGCCUCAUUUUUUUUUCUCUUGCUGGGCAUUUAAUAGGCUUCAAUUUGGUGUGAAGAGUUUUUAGGAAAGCUUUUAGGAUCUUAGGAUUAGGUGAAAGGAAAGGUAGGUGGGUAAUGGAACAAGAUUUUCAUGGAGAUUUUCAGGUCAAUGUCACGUGGUUUUUUGCUUCUUUCUCCGGUGUUCUUGACUGAAUUGUGCUCAUUCUGGUAUGCUUUGAAAGAUCUCUUCACUCUGCACAAGUCAGCGAAGAAAGUUGUCCUUGACCGUUAAAACUGAUGACGUCACAAAGGGUAGAAAGGACCUGGAUCGGCACGGGCGGUUACGGGCAGUUCAGGGGCGAAUGGGUUAAGCCUUCUUGUUCUAUUAAUUUUGUAUUGGGGCUCAUCUUUAGUAACCAAAACAAGAGAAAAACUACAGCUACACUGUUCAAUGCAUAUCCCAAUGGGGUACUCCCCUAUAAAGUGAUGGGAGUGUUUGUCGGAAAAUUUUGAGAACACCCCUAAAACGGUAUGCAACUUUUUUUUGGUCACCAGAACAAGUAUUCUAGUCACCAAGAAUUAUAUUCAAGAAUUAAGGGUAUACAAUUUAAUUAAACAUCUUUUAUUUAGCUUUAACAAAAAAAUGCUUUAGACUUCCUUUGAACUUUCUUUCAAAUGGUUUUCCCUCGGGGCUCGAUUACCAGCCGGUGUUUGGGAAAAUGAGUCCACUCUCAAGCGUAAAUCUCCUCAAACAGUUAUUCAAGCAAUGGAUACAAAUUGGGAGAAAAAAAACUUUAAGAAUCACAAAAAAACUUAUUUGGGUUAUUAAAGAACAAAAUCUGCAAACAUCUGUUUUGCGUCCCAUGUAUUUGCGUGUUCAGAAAUGAACAUCGGUGAAACUUGAUCUAUUUCGUUGCCUAGCACAUGAUGGAAAGUCUCAAGAAAAAGGAAACAUUGCUAAUGUUUUCGGGCAAAGAAAUUGAUUUCACAAGUCUGCUAGACAAACAGCAUGACUCAGGGGCACCCAUCGAGAAUGUAGUUCAAAACCACUUAAACAUAGCAUUGUUGAACGUAUCUUAGUAUUUAAACGGUAGAUAUGGGCAUAUUUUUAUCCCCUAAAAAUUUUUCAUCUGUUCGGAUUUCCUAGCUGAAAGUCUAGUGAUCCGAAAAUUAUGUGGGUCAAAACUUACCUUUUGAAAAUUUCAGCCAGAAAAAAGGCUCCCGAAAAUUCUAGGUGACCUUUCUAGGGUAAAAAUGCGUUAAAAAUGGGCAAUUAUACUAGGUUUUAGCUGGUCGCAAAUCCUAGGAGAGGCCAGCAAGCAAGAAAUUUUUUCAAUAAAUGUUCCGAAAAUUCUAGAUCUCAAAUCGUCUUCCAAACAGAUAUUUUCUGAAAAUUGACAUUGGGUGCUUCUCAUGACUUUCAACGGUACCUCAUUAGAAGUCAAUAAAAUAUGGCAGAGCUUUUAUUUGGGUUGUUACGCUCAACAGAAAUUUGCAUGUUUACAAGAAGCUCGAGAGGUAAGCGCCAUUCGUUCUCGAUUGACUUAAUUUUUAUCAGACUAAUCUGCUAUCAAGUCCAAAAUCGAGAUACAUGUUUGACAUAAUGAAAUUGUUUUAAAUUGAUGUGCUAAAAGUCAUUCCCGGAGAAACACGGGACGACCUGUUGAGAAUUGCGAUCAAUUUGCCCGGAAGUUGAGAACACUACCGUCAAAUUCAUCACUUGUGAUUUAGUCACUAUCCUCUUUCAAGUAAACAUCAAACGUUAGACAGACCAACUGUUAGAUCAUAAGAACACUUGGUAAGAGUGUUCGAAGAAAUUGGUAAAGCAUUUAGACAAAUUGUUAGAGGGUUAGGCCUAACCGUUAGAGCAUUUGGGCAAAACGUAACAGCGUUAGAAAAACCGUUAGCUAUUCAUUUGUUUUGUAAAAGAUAACAGAUUAUCAUUAGUUUACAUUUUCCCAAAGAGGAAAGUCACCUAUCUUGGGGGCCAGGUUGGCGACCAGGCAUGAAAAUUUAGUCACCACUGAGUAAACGCUGGUCGCAUUGGCAACCCCACAGGUCGCAACGUCGAGCCCUGUAAAAUGUACCAGAAUCUUGUUUUAUGGGCAUGUCCCAAGUUCAUUUUCACCCCUAAGAGCUACCAAUUCAACAACAAUGACAUAAAACUGGCACUGCAAAUUUCAAUCGGUAAUAAAAACAACUUUCAAACACUUUCUUCUCAAGGACUUUUUGAAACCAAUUUACAAAUUUAAACCCCUAACAGGUACGACAAGCACCCCCGUCACUUUUAUAGGGGAGUACCCGCCCCCCCCUCCCCAGGAUGUAUACGGGCCCUUUCAAAGUUGCCCCAAGGAUCUGUUUCAAAGGGAGGCUAAGUACGAUGCUAUUGAUAUGAAAAUGUUUCUUUAUUCCCAUGCAAGCAAAAUUUUUACAAGAAAGGCUUUGCACUUAGCCUUGUUUUGAAGUGAGAGAAAUAAUUCAGAACUCUGAAAUGGCCUAUCAUACUCUAGGUGUUGUUUUAGCUUCAAGGGUACAUAUGCAUUGUACACACUCCUAUCCUAACUUGGAAGGUACAUGUAUGACCUUCCAGUUGAACAUUUAUAUGCCUGGUCACAGGUUUAAGCGCUCUAAUUUUGUUCUCUUGUUGUCACUCAUUUUCCUUAAAAUGUCAUUUUCAGGAAGAUGUAGAGAUGAAAGACUCAACAACAUCACAAGAGGAUGAUGAAAGCGAAGAUGAAGGUUUAGAAGAGGUACUGUCAGGAGCUCAUAACCUGGAGCAAGUAACUCUCAUUCUAAGCCUAUAUGUCAUGGUGUUUUUACCAACCAGUUUACAUGUAUUUUUAGAUACACUUAACCCUUUAAGUCCCAAUGCUGACCAAGAUCAAAUUUCUCCAAACAAUAUCCAUACACUGUCAGGAGAUAAGUUAUGAGAAUUAAUAAAAUGAUCACACAAGAGAAAUUGCCUUGGUCUAUUAUCAAAUUCUCUCCACUCAUUUUUUAAGGAAAUGUAUAGAGAUCAGUUUGGAGAAUUUGUAUGUGGAUACUGGGGCUUAAAGGGUUAAAUAACAGUACCUUUUGAUGCAAAAAUGGAUGGGAUUGCUUCACGUCAUCAUCGAGCACAUUCAAAGUUAUAUAAGAUGUAAAAAAGGAAACUAAACGUCAUUACAAGAACAAAAUAAUAAUACAAUUUUUGGGUCCGAAGGUUCCGCUGUCAGACUGGUUCCUCUGGAACUCAAAAGAUAUUGUAAAUUUACAUCAAAUCAUUCUUAGAAUUAACUGGUCAGUAUAAACGCCUUGACACAAGUACAUGAAAGUCGCUUGCUCCGGGCUUCUGGUACUGUAUAGGAUACAACUGUUCAUGCACAAUAAGCUACGUGUAUGCACCCUUUUAAUAAGGUAAUAAUUAAUAAUAAAAAUAUCAGUAGCAGUAGCAGUAGCAGUAGCAGUAGCAGUAGCAGUAGCAGUAGCAGUAGCAGUAGCAGUAGCAGUAGCAGUAGCAGUAGCAGUAGCAGUAGCAGUAGCAGUAGCAGCAGCAGCAGCAGCAGCAGCAACAGCAGCAGCAGCAGCAGCAGCAGCAGCAGCAGCAGUAGUAGUAGUGGUAUAAAGAAAUGUUUGGAAACAAGUACCCUGAGUUUCUGGUAUUAGUUUCUGGGGGCAAGGGCAAAGAGAAAAUCAAAAUGGAGAGCGAUAGUAAAGGGAAACAUCUGACACAGAUGCUAUUACUCAAGCCUUACUCCACACAGCAUGAUUCAGUAUUAGUCUGUCAAUAUCAUUAAAAUUUUGUGGUCCUGCUUUUUAAUAUCAACACAUUAAUCUGUAAACCAAAGGAGCUUUUAAAAAAGUUUGAGCUGACAUGCAUACUCUGUUCAAAUUCCAGUGUUUGUUGAAUGUCUAGUGCAGAACAGUGUAUGUAGUGUAGUACUACUGUAGUAUGUAGUGUACUUGUAUACAUACAUGUACAGCUGCAGAUUGUAUACAUGGAAUGACAAUUUUAGCCUUCUUUUUUAGGGGCAUGAGGACAGUGAAGAUUCUGAUAACUAUGAAAUGGAGGAAGACACAGAGUAAGUUUUAUUGUAUUGUAUUAAUUUACAGUAUUUUCUUUUGCGCACUACAUUGAAAGCUCAUGAUGCAACCUUUAAAACUACAUGCAUUCUAUACAUGUAUUUGACCAGUGAUAUGUUGCUAAGAGCUGGCUAUCAACUGAAAGAGACCGGCUCAUGUCAGGGUAAUUUUGAAGGUACAAUUUAGGAAAAAGCUAGCUUGACCAAUAGAAAAAGCCCCCUAGUGACAAGAAAGUGUUGAAAAGACUAUUGUCAUGCCAGUCAUGUAAAUAUACAAAUUAUUAGUUACUGAUGCAUUAUUAUUAUUGUUUUGAUGUUAAACAGGACAGAUUCUAAUAAAGAUCUUCAGGAGAUUGGUGCAGCUAACUAUGCAGUAUUGGAAAGGAUAAGAGUGAACAGGAGAGAAGACCAUCUCAAGGUCAGUCAGUGCAAUAAACAGGCUUUCAACUGACAGAGUGUAAGAAAAUGACGAAAUUUUGCAGGAUUUCCAGUCAGGCACAAAAAUGGGCAGACUUUGUGUUGCAAGUAAAUUUUAUUCUUUGAUUUCUCCAUCAGUUCUUUCGGCCUAGAACACUAUUAAAAACUUAUUGAAUUUACAGCAACAUAAAAGAAGCUCUACCCAGUGGUUCAAGACAUUUGGUCAACAGUCAUAAAUUUGCUCUUAAGUUUGUUCUGUUGAGAUUCAUUGCAUGCAUUGCUGCAAGAGAUUUAGUUUUUUUUCUGCCUGAUUUGGACAGUUUUCCUGAUUCAGACAGAUCUUUGCAGACCUCUUAGGAAACAGAAGUUUACUUCAAUGGGUUAUAAAGGUCAUGUGAUUUGUGAUUGGUGGAUUUUGAUCCAUUUUGUGUGUUUCUGUGUUUCAAGGUUCAUUGGUUUUGAACGUUAGAGUUUUAGCUCUCAAGUUUUUUUCCUUCUUAUUACUGAAACAAGGCAAGUUACCAGGCUUCUGAUAGGUCACAGAAAAAAAGUCAAAUUUUGCGUGAUUUUUAGGGACAAAAUCGCUGAAAAAUUGGCCGAUUUCACAGAAAUUUUCGGGGCAAACUUGGCCAGAAAGCAAUCGGUGAAAAAACAACAGAUUUCGGAGCAUUGUUGGCACGUUUCAGUGACGAAGUUUUGACAUAAAUUUGUGAGUUUACGGCAAGUAAAUACCCUCAGUAGCUAAGACAAGUUUCAAAAUUGCUGUACAGACAUGUAUUUGAUAAGAUUUCUACUGAUUUUCACGGUAUUUUGUGUGUUUUGGUGAAUUUCGCGGGAUUUCAUGGAUUUACCUGAAUUUCAUGGCUCCGCAACCGCACAAAAUAUCAGAAGCCCUGAAGUUUAGAUUUCCACGAGGUGAAAUUAUUGUUCAUAUAGAGCUUCCAAAUCCAGAAGAAACUCAGAUGUAGGAGGAUGAAAACAAAUCGGUACAUUUCCACCAACAUUUAGUAAUUGCAGCUUCUGCUCAUUAUUGCCACAAUAUUUGACAAGCCAUGAUAUUGAUUGGAUGCUAUGGUAAUGGCUUAAUUUGAUGUCUAAGAAAAACCCAGAACUCUCUCUAAAAGUGCGGGUCGCUUGUUAUCCAAAGGAGCUGCAAUACAACUGUAUAAGAAGAGAUUCAAAUCUGUUUUUUUUUUCUUUCUUUUACGUCAGGGAACAGUAUGUGGUUCAGUGCAAGCAACUGACAGGUUAAUGAAAGAACUGAGGGAUGUGUACAGAUCUGACAGUUUCAAAAGAGGUACCUUAGGUUUUGAUGUAUCUCAGUAAUUUACUUCCUUUGUACAUACUUUUACAUGUAUAUUGUACAUGUACUUUGAAAAUUGCGAAUGUAUCUACAGUGGAACUUCAGUAAAGUGAACCUCUAUAUAACAAGUCCUUGGUAUAACAAAUGAUUUUCUUUACCCCAGUAACAGUGAAAUAUUUGAAAAAGAACCCUCAGUAUAAGGAAACCUUGUUAUAGUGAACAAAUUUUGUCAGCCCCUUGGCCCUUCAUUAUAUCGACGUUCCGCUGUACACUGUACUGUUAUGUGAUUCUUACACCGUAGAAGUGAUAGGCCUAAGUUCAAUUUCCAACUGGACCAAGACACUGAGGGUCCUUAUUACAUGUAACUGAGAAAAAUGUGCUGUUUUAUGUUUCACAUCUGUAGACAUUCUAGUCUUCUCAGAUAGUAAUAGAAAACCAUAGUCCUUGUUUCAUGUCAUUUCACUGAUCUGUGUCUGGUGGGUUGUAAAAGAUCCCACUCUCCUGUAGUUUAUUAGAGUGCUGGACAAACAUACAUGUACAUGUAGACCAUGGUAUUUGGUGAUCAGUAGCACGGUUCACACGUACAAACAAAAUUUGGCACAUAUAAAUUACAAAAUCUCCUUAACUUUUACAGCUACAAAGCUGUCCCUUGGCACAAACAAUAACAACAUGUUGAACUACAGAUUUGCCUAAAAUCACAGAUAUUUAUUGAAUUCUAAAUUUUCUGGAAUUUUAUUUUUUACAAAAAUGUGCAUCAUUCGGGCCGUCACGCGUAACAUUCACACGUAGCAAAUUAUCAUUUUGGUAACAUUUCAUGUUUUAAGCAUAAUAGAUUUCAGCAGAACUAGUAUCCUUAUAAAUCAAAAUUAUUCAUAGAUUUCAGGUGUAUAGGUCAAACUCUGUCAGAAAAAGCGACUUUUGAGAAAAAUGAGCUUUCUUGAACCAGUGUACCAGCGACAUGCUGUACGUUUCAAUCCAGGAAAUCAGCAAAGCGUCCAACAUUUCAAAGUAUAGAUUGCUUCAAAGAUAAAAUAACCUCAAGAACUGGAAUGCUCACCUUUUCAACAGUCAAUCCUGAAAAUUUUAGCCUAAUUCCUCUUUACCAUCCGGAGAACGAAGCAAAUUUCUGAUUACCAAACAUUUUGAAACGCGCCAUGUUUACACUUGAUUUUUGCAAGGAAGGCAAAAUGCAAGCAGUCUCCACGCAUGAAGCAUGAAACUGAUCUUACUGAUUUUCUUUCAUGUGUCAUUCUCAACUCACAACGAUUAAAAAUAGUAAUUUUCAUGGAAAAAUAUGAGAAAUUGUGUGCGCUAGAAGCAAUUUACUGAAUACUAAACAUUUUGAAGGUUUUGGUUUACGUUCAGCAACAUCGAUCUCAAAGAGACUCAUCAGCCUCGUAAACUUUGUCCACCAUCUCACUCGCCUUAUCUUGAAGGAAGGCUUAACAACGACCUUGGUAACCACCCAAGAACUUUCCAUAAGCUUAUUGUUAUGCAGCAAACCGAAAGCACGUGAUAAAACGUUCAGUACACAUGUGUUUUUAGUGACAUUCUAAGGCUACAAUAGUCUGCAUAAUUUACUUUAUUUACAUUGAUAAAAACACAUCCAAAACGAAAAUGUAUGUCCUUUCAUUUCUUUUAUUUUCAAAAGAACAUUUUUAUGAGAAUAAAAUGGAAUGAAAUGGGUGGGGUCGCAAUGCAUUUUGGGUACUACAGAAAUUGCUCUUAUUAAGUCAAAAUGAGGUAAAACGGACUAAAUGUUGUAGGUUGGUUAAAGAGGUUCAUUUUUUUGCAAAUAAAUGAUUUUAAAAGAAUUUUGAAGUUUUUUAGAAUGUUUCAUAUUUUCUUAACAUGUUACACAUCUGUACAUGUGUAUAGUGUGCUACUGAUUGGAACUCUACUGUUCGUAUCAUGGGUUGGCUGGGUAAAAGGGGAUCUGAUUCCCCAUGGCAAGUACAUGUACCUCUAAAUUUUGAUCUCAGGUAUACUAAGUAAAAAUUAAUCGAAGUUUGCGGGGCCUAGUGGACAAGUGAAAUUAGCAUCAAUGGUCCCGUGAGCCUGUCUGAAUGUACGUGUGAGUGUUGGUAAAUGAUAAUUUCCAGACAGAAAUUAUUUCAAAACUGAAUGCUACAAGAUCAUUUGAGUGACACAAUAUAUUCAAAUAAUAUUAGUUAAAAGCAUGAAUUCAUUAAAAAUCCAAGUGCAUGUUUGCUUACUCAUGUUAUUCCUCCAGUCAUCAUAUUGGUCAAAUCCAGUAGUUAAUCUGUAUCUGUCACAGCAUAAGAGUGCUAUUAAUCUGAUACUCGAAAUUAUUAUAUAACUUAUUAUAUUAAAUUUAUUAUAUUAUAAAGUGGGGGCAAGUGAAAACUGAAAUUUAUUUUCCCACUGGGUAAGUGGAUUUCAAAUAUUUUUUCCUGCCUUGUAUGAGUAAGGUGCACAAGUCCUAUUUUAUUCCCAAUCAGGGUGGUGAUCCACCGUGGCAAGAAUCAAUGAACUAAGCACUCAACUUUUCUCUUUAGGGACAUACUCUGUCUCCCUCAACAAUGAUAAUUUAUAUGACUGGACAAUAAAGAUUAUCAGGUGUGUAAAAUGUGUACAUUGUAUUUUACCCUUUAAGGUGGCUCUGGUUACCGUGUUCGACUGCAGUUGAGUUGCAGGUUUUCUCAGACUUCAUAGGCCAUUGUGUUUUAACUGUACAUUGUAGAUCACUGUGCCUGUAAUACAGGCAAACAAACAACAACAACAACAACAAUUUUGUUCCACAUAGUUCAGAUACAACAGUUAACACACUCAGUUAAAAUUUGCAGGCCGUCUGAAGUAUCCUUUGUUUCUUGAUUUUGAGAUACCUACAUUUAUAACAGUCAUGAAUGCCACAUAUUUGUUUGAUGUCUUAGAUAAUACUAUGGCAAAAAUCUAUGAUGUGCAUUUAUUUCCUGUAGAGUUGACCCUGAUAGUACUUUACACAAAGAUCUGAUGCAGUUAAAAGCACAGGAAGAAACAGAUCAUGUCUUACUAAAUAUGACAUUUACAGUGAGUGACAUCAUUGAAUAAUCUUUGCUCCUAGAGGUGCAUUUAGUAAAAUUCCAGGAAUAUCACUAAUGGUAAAAAUCACUGGUGAAUUGUAGAACAUGUUCCCCAGCUCCCUUCAAACUUGUUUUCCCUAGUCCAAAUUCAUUGAAAAUCUUUGAAGUUAUUGUGAUAUGUUUUUACAAUGAUCAUUCUUGUGUUUCCUUAUUUCAGGACAAAUUUCCAUUUGAUCCUCCUUUUGUCAGAGUCAUUUAUCCAGUUUUAACUGCUGGGUAAGUAGCCUUUGACGUCAAGAGAAAAGUAAAAAGAAAAACAAAAAGGAAGUGCUGAAUGCCAUGCUGAAACUUAUUAUUGACAUUUAUUAUGUUUAUCAGUGUAGUGUGUAUGUGCCACAUCAAUUAAGUUAAUGUACAUACAUAUGCCAUUGUUAUGGUGGCAAAUUUCCUACAUGCCAACAACCAAUGUGAACGGCAAGCUGUAAAACUGACUUUCUUUGUACUCUGGACAACACAGGUGCUAACUAAAUAGAUAAUUUUCCACAGCACCUAAAAACACACAUUAUUUAUUUGUCCUGUUUUUAUGCAAGUUUGUACCCUUCAGUACAUGAUAAUGCAAGAUUAUUACACAUGUACUGUUAUUUCCUCUUUAGUUAUGUUCUUAGUGGAGGAGCACUUUGCAUGGAACUUCUUACGCCUCAGGUAUGCAAGUUACAUUAACCUGGAUUUUACUCUUCUGUGUGACGCCCUUAUGGCUAUUAAGACAAUGAUUAAUCUUAACAUCAUCAAAAUCAGUGUAAAGCGACAAAAUUGUGGAGGAGUUUCUCUUGUAAUUAUGAGGUAUAUUUCAGAGACAAAACAGUCUGGACCCUUCCUUUAUCCCUUCAUUCAAAUUAAAAAGUUGGCCCCGGUGUUUGUCAAUGGUUUUCUAGCCUGAGAGCCAGCACUCUGGGGCACUCUGGUGGCGGGGUGGGAAAAGGAAGGAGAGCUGGUAAGUACGUCUCUGGAAUCUGAAUUCCACCUCCAAUUCCCUUGUGGCUCCCUGUCAACUGAGCUGUCAGAUUACUGCCAAUCAGCACGAAUGUAAACAAACAUUGGAAAACAUGUGCCAAGGGCAAUGAUGUCAUCACUAAUGUCAUCUCGGUCAAUCAGCAUUUCUUUUGCAUCAACAUUUUUCGAUGCAGAUAUUGAAAUUCCAAAGACGUAGUUGCAAGUUCUCCUUGCUUUUCCCACCCAUCUGCCAGAGGAGCCUAGAGAGCUUGCUCGAGGGCUAACUGUUUGCUAAAACAGGUACAUGUACCUCGAACAGUGGCACAACAUUGCUUAACACUUAUUUUUUCAUUAUCAAUUAUUGAAUUGAAUGAGGCUGAGUAUGAUCUAAAUAAUAAUGCAGAUUGAGGUGGGUUUUGGCUGAGGCAGAUUACACCCUCUGAGAUCUCCAUAAUUUUUCAGAUCAUGCGAAAGCUAUAUCCAGUAACUGUUAUAAUAUUCAUUAUAACAUUAUAAUAUUCAUAGUUUAAAAACAAUCUAAACAUGCCUACCUUGUUCGAUUUGCAAUUUCAUUUCAUCAUCUUCAAUAGACCUUUUUACCGAUACGGCGGCCAUAUUGAAUUAAUUCGAUUUAAGGAGUAUUAUAGGAUGCCCAGGGGGCAUGAGCACAUUUCGUUUGUAUUUUCAAGCGCUUUUCGGGACAUUUUUUCUCAAAGUUUUCUUAGAAUAAGAUUGUUAUGGGAAAAAAGAUCCUUGUGCCGUGUUUGCAUGUAAUAAUGAUCGCCUUUUUCUAGUUUAAUAUUAGAAAUAUGGUCUUUCACUCUAUAUUUCUGGGGAAAAAGGCGAUCAUUAUUACAUCCAAACACAGCACAAGGAUCUUUUUUCCCGUUACAAUCUUAUUCUAAGAAAACUUUAAGAAAAAAUGUCCCGAAAAGCGCUCGAAAAUAGAAACGAAAUAUGCUCAUGCCCCCUGGGCAUCCUAUAAUACUCCUUAAAUCGAAUUUAUUCAAUAUGGCUGACGUAUCGGUAAAAUGGUCUAUUGCCUGUUUCUUGGCAAGUUCAAGAGAUAAAGGGAUGUUUAGUUCAAUAGAUAAGGGGAUGUUACAUUCUGCAGAUACACUUCAAAGGUAGUCAUACUUAUUCAUAACCCUUACCACUUUUGUUAAGGUUUUGUGUUAACUUUUACCAUGUAGGGGUGGAGCAGUGCCUAUACAGUAGAAGCUGUUAUCAUGCAAAUAGCUGCUACACUUGUGAAAGGAAAAGCAAGGAUUAACUUCCAGGAUAAUAAAAAGGUAAUACUGUAUGCCCAGUAGUCAACUGCAUGCACAGUAAGCUCUUUGUGAAUGGGCUUUUUGUCCUUGCAACACCAUAAGCAUUGCUUAAGGAAUAGUGUCCCAGGGGUUUCAAUAAAAAUUGAAGUAGCCGGCAGGUUUGAAUAGAUUAAGCGACUGUAUCAACAAGAGGCCAUUAGUCCCCUUUUUAGGGGCAGGAGUUCCCCAGAAAAUUGUGAAAUUUAAGCCCUAAAAUGCGAUUUUCAGCGUUCGGUGGACCAAAUUUGAGGACGAAAGAGCAUGUUUUUCAUUGAAGAAAAUGUAGCUUUUAAUUUAUCAGUCACACAAUCAAUUCCUACAAGCAAUAAAUAAAUGAUGAAAACUAAAUUACAUACUUUUGCACGUAAACAAAUUCUGUGUAAACAUAUAAAGAAACUUGUGAAAAAAUGACUGAAAUAAUUUUAUAGCGUUCACGUGACUAAAGUAUAACGUAAAACCAGUGGGCCUUUAUGAAAACACAUUAUAAGUACGUUUUCAUUCAGAUUUUACUUAACUCUGCCAAUUGUCUUUUUGUUCAUUUUAAGUUUCAACAAAUCAACUCAUAAAUUAUUAUCUCAUGAAAAUAUAGAUAAUUUCUGAAGUCAUUCCAGAUAGCUAAAACUGUUGAGGCCCCAGUUGUUCAAAUGCUGGAUAGCACUAUCCACCGGAUAAAUCUCUAUCCAGCAGAUAGGUGUUAGGGAAACCAACUGUGUUAUCCACUAGAUAGAGAUUUAUCCGGUGGAUAACGUUAUUCACCUUUUGAACAACUAGCGUCAGGUGUAUAAAUAAUAUAAAGUUAAAGGAGCUUUGUCACGGCUGGCUAGUUCAUAUAUUUUUGUUUGUAACGUUAGUUAUGCAUCAUUUUUUGCUGUGAAACUUGAGAAAUUACCUGUGAACGGCAAAAUCAUAACUUUGUUUUCAAACAAAAUAUAUCUCCCUAGAAUAAUUUCAAUUGUUAAAAACAACAAAAAUAAAAUGAUCUUUGAAAAACUUUGCUGUUAGGCUAACAUGUUUUCAAAAACCACAAUAAAAAAUUGCAAUCCGUUUCAAUGUACUUCAAAUUUGUCCAUCUGUGCCUCCUUUUGCAUUUGCUGUGGUAACCCUUUAACCGGCAAUUGUACGUACAGUGUAUAUGCACGGAAGGACCCUCUUGGCGUAAACACUCUCUACAGUUCAGUGAUUUGGCCCCUGGACUGCUUCAAUGCUUUUUACAUGAAGUAGUUGUUGUGACUUUCGAGUGGAUUUUGGCAGUAGCUGGCAUUAAUUCUACUGAACUUUUUAACUGUAAAUUUUGAUCCAGUUUUUGUCAUCUGUGGAGCUUUAAGGAAUUGCACUGAGUGUGAUUCUCUUCACCUGACCUUCAACAUGGAUCAAAACGUGCAAUUCUGAAGAUAAAUGUCCGAGCAAAGGAAAACAAGUUUGUAUGACUAGUAAUGGCGAUUGACUCGAUAGUAUGAAGCAACUUUGGAAGUCAAGUGCCCUCUGAGAGUUGAAAUUAGAAACUUGGUAAAAUCCGUGAUGAACAUUUUGAUAUAAUUAUAGUUAAUGACCAUAGGAUUUGUAGUAUAGAAGUUGUGAGCACAAGACAGUGGCAGUGAAAAAAAUUCUCCCCAAAAUUUGCUGGUUAAAGUUUAAUUAAUUUAUACCUUCUUUUAAUGUUUUUUGUUUCACUCAAUUUGGCGGGAGUUCCUGCUGUUUGAAUUUUGAUAAAUUUUGUUACACAGCCUCUUUUAAAUUAAAUGUAAUAAUAUUAAUUUUUUCCCCACUUUGCUUUAACAGCCUGGUGUCUACAGCCUUGUAAGAGCCCAACAAUCUUUUAAGUCUUUAGUACAGAUCCAUGAAAAAAAUGGUAAGAAUGAUCUUCAAUUUUUAUGUAUACAAUCAUAUGAAAUAAACCUUUUUGUUUGUCCCUGAGAAUACUCAGUUUAGUCCCCUACUUUCCUGUAAGAUCUUCAAGAUCAAGUGCUUACUGUAUGAGGUGGCCAUCUUGGUUUCAAUUGUUAGUGUAACUCGGAGAAGAGUAUCAAAUCUACUAAGGGGUAGGGGUUGGGUGGGAGUGAAGCAAGAUCCCUAGUUUUCUUGCCUCUCUUCCCCCAUUGCUUGAAACCGUGACACACCUGCCUGUGUUACUAGCCUGUGUAGCAAGCAUGUCAAUGCAUAUUCGUUGAGAAGCUAGAACAAGAGGGACUAAAAGAAAAUAAAUGCUUUCCUUACGCCCCACAAUACUUAAAAGAAAAAAAAAGCAAACAAACACACAAGCAAACAACUUAAUAAACACCUAUUAGUGUUUCACGGUUCAGUUCAUUUGUAGAUUGACAGCUUGUCAACAUGGUAGCUAGAGACAGAUACCAGUUGUUAUAAAUUAAUUUAUUUGGCUUUUUUGUUUUAUUCUCAUUUUUAGGAUGGUAUACUCCACCUAAACAUGAAGGCUGACUUAAAAUAUUAUUGUUAAUAUUAGAUUUGUAAUUUCUAGUGCAUGGGCUGCUGUUUGCAUGGGAUAUUUUCUAAAAAAGUUCGCUUGUGGUGUACAUAGUUCACCAUUGACCCUUAAAGCUCUUACAACAACACUCGUUAUCCUCAAACCUUUUCUAUGCGUACUUCUUAUAAUAUGGUACAGUGAAACCCUCUACAUAGCUGUACCAGACCUGGGCUAUAAAAAAAGGAAAAUGCCAAACUAAAACAUUGUGAAAUGACAAGAAGAACUUGAUUCUGACGAUUGACCUUCUAGGAAUCACACAUAUCACUUGAAUGCUUACACACUUUAAUCAGCAACCUUUGCUAACAAGACUUCCUGAUCUUGACUGAGUAGAAUACGAUUUGGUUCGCAGUCAUGCAAAUUGUACUUGAUUAACAAAAUCAGAUGACUGCUUAGAAAGAGUCCAAUUUGUGUAAUCUAGAUGAUGAUAACAGACCGCAUGGGUGGUAGAACAUGAAGUCCUGUUAACAGUUAUUAAUUGGAACUAUAACAAAAUUUGUGAUAAUUUAAGCUUUUUUAAAAUUAAAACACAAGAUCUUCCGAGAGUUUUUUCNUGUUUUAUUCUCAUUUUUAGGAUGGUAUACUCCACCUAAACAUGAAGGCUGA